AUGACUGGCGUUGCACCCCUUGACCCGAUCAACCUGAAUGGUGCCGCUGAUCGGGGAAAGAAAGUGGCAUAUUUUUAUGAUUCGGACGUCGGUAACUAUGCCUACGUCUCAGGCCAUCCCAUGAAGCCACACCGUAUACGAAUGGCCCACAGUCUAGUGAUGAACUAUGGUCUGUACAAAAAGAUGGAGAUUUAUCGUGCCAAACCAGCCUCCAAGUACGAAAUGACCCAAUUCCACACGGAUGAAUAUAUCGACUUUUUAUCGAAAGUGACACCCGACAAUAUGGAGCAGUACUCGAAAGAACAGAGCAAGUACAAUGUCGGAGAUGAUUGUCCAGUGUUUGAUGGCUUGUUCGAGUUUUGUGGCAUCAGCGCUGGAGGUAGUAUGGAAGGCGCAGCCCGUUUGAACCGCAACAAGUGUGACAUCGCAGUCAACUGGGCAGGAGGUCUUCACCACGCUAAGAAGAGCGAGGCUAGCGGUUUCUGUUAUGUGAACGACAUCGUCCUCGGUAUCCUCGAACUUCUACGAUUCAAGCAGCGUGUUUUAUACAUUGAUAUUGAUGUCCAUCAUGGUGAUGGUGUCGAGGAGGCUUUUUAUACUACAGAUCGUGUCAUGACCGUUUCCUUCCACAAGUAUGGAGAAUACUUCCCCGGUACUGGUGAGCUUCGCGAUAUCGGUGUUGGAUCAGGAAAAUACUACGCCGUCAACUUUCCUCUGCGUGACGGAAUCGACGAUGUCUCCUACAAGAGCAUCUUCGAGCCGGUUAUCAGCAACGUCAUGGAAUGGUACCGACCCGAGGCCGUUGUUCUACAGUGUGGUGGAGACAGCUUGUCUGGCGAUCGUCUUGGUUGCUUCAACCUCAGCAUGAGAGGUCAUGCCAACUGUGUCAACUUUGUGAAGAGUUUUAAUUUGCCAACUUUGGUUUUGGGAKGUGGUGGCUAUACUAUGCGCAACGUAGCCCGUACCUGGGCUUUUGAGACGGGUAUUCUCCUGAACGAGCAACUCGACUCGCAAUUGCCCUACAACGACUACUAUGAGUACUUCUCGCCCGACUACGAACUGGACGUGCGACCAUCGAAUAUGGAUAAUGCCAAUACGAAGGAAUAUCUUGACAAGAUCCGUAAUCAAGUCAUUGAGAACCUCAGACGCACUGGCUUCGCACCUUCCGUACAAAUGACUGACGUCCCCCGCGAUCCACUUAUCGAUGGCUUGGACGACGAGGCAGACGCAAUCAUGGAUGACCUCGAUGAAGAUGAGAAUAAAGACAAGCGAUACACACAACGUCGUUUCGAUCAAUAUGUCGAAAAGACUGGUGAGCUUAGUGACAGCGAAGACGAAGACGAACUUGCUGCCAACGGUGUUCGUCGGCAGCCAGGAGCAGCCCGCCGAAGAAACCACAUCAGUCAUCGUCACCUUGAUGCUGCGGACUCUGGCUUGGAAAGUGGCAUGGCAACACCCAGAGAAGCCUCUGCAGUGCCUGACCAGGACGAGGAGAUGGAUGUGACGGCUGAUAUCGAGGCCGAGAAGCCCCUGACAUCGGCACCAGAAACUGGAGCAGAAAGCCGCCAAUCUCCUUCCGAUGCAGACACAGGCUCGAAGAUAGAAGAGAAGCUAGCUGCGGAAACCAAGGACAACGCCCAGGAACCUUCCACGCGUGCCGAGUCACCUGCAUCAGCUCUGAGCGAUGUGCACUCAGAUAUUGAUAUGGAGGAUGCCAACGUAACGGCAACUGAAGCAGAGGCUGCUCCGUCAGAAGAAACUGUCGGACAGCAGAAAACACCUCCAGCAUCCCCACCUGCUGCCGCUGCUGUAGAGACCGAACCGGCUGCACCAUCCCCGCCAGCUGCUGAUACAACCAUUGCCGAAGAGCCUGAAACCAAACAGGAAGAGAAAGCUAACGAUGAGCCCAAAGCAGAACAAAAGACUACAGCAGAAGAACCUACAACGACCGAGGUAGGAUCAGGAAAGCAGGUUGAUAGUGAAUCUAAAGAGCCUGAGAAGACUGAAUCAUAG